AGGAAGAGGAAACCUAGUUCUGCAGUAAGAACCAAGGAGGAUAAACAUACUAUGAAAAUUGGAGAUAGGUAUUCCCAUGAAGGAUCCCGUGGCAAUAAUGUGGAGAAAAAUAACUUAGCUUUGACGUCAGAGCAGUCAGAGAAGAAAAAGAGCAUGAUUAAUCAAGCACAAGGAGGACCUUGAAUUUUCAUUGACAUUAAAAAGGAAAAUCUUGAAAAUGAAGGAGAGAGGGCACAAUGCUCCCAAGAAGAGAGGUAAAACAGUUAUUGCUGGAUCAGGUAACGUGAGAGUGGAAAAGGAAAGAGGGGUGAUUGGCGACACAAACAAAGAAGAAGAACAUCAGCUUUCGCCUCUGGAACUGUUUGAGAGGAAAGAAAGUAUUUCUCAUAAAUAUGUACAGAAAGAUGCUGCUCAAAAGGUGGGGGAAUUUCCUAUGUCUAAACCUUCAAAAGCCAAUUUAGAAAAGGAUAAGAUAUCCGUUAAGAAGAAGUCGAGAAGGCCCCGAGUCGAUUUCGGGGAACAGUUAGUCAAUUUAAGGAUACAAGUCUGGUGGCCAAUGGAUGAAAUGUUUUAUGCGGGCACUGUUAAAGCUUUUGAUUCUGAAACGAAGAAACAUGAGGUUUUGUAUGACGAUGAUGAAAUAGAGUUCUUGAAUCUGCGAAAAGAAAAAUGGAAACUGUGUGGCGACGAAACGUCUCUGCAAAAACAAGUAGCUGAUCGUUCAUCUCCUUCCAAAGAGCUUGGCAAGACUAAAGAACACGAAAUGAAAAAGUUCAUUGAAGAUGCAGCAGCAUUAGGCUGUUUCAUCAUCCAAAAGAUCAUAGGUGAAAACCUUGCCCUCGGUGUAUCUGAAGACACUUCUUCACCUGGUUUUCAUUAAGUCGUUACUGAAUUUGACGAUGAGACUUGUGAAACGAACAUCUCAGCAAAAGAUAGUGGGGUGAAUCGUGCGAGCAAGGAAGAGUCAGAAAAUUUUGAUCUCUGAAAACGGAUGGCAGCCAUUUCCAAGAAGUUGAAAGAAAUGGUUAAUAUAUUAUAAAUGCAUGGAUGCUGGUUUCUUAUCUUUAUGCAUACAAUGUUGAAGGAUUGCCGAAACUUUAACUGCUAGGACGAAACCCAUUCGCCAAGUAUGUGACAAGCCGGAAAGAAGCUGUAAUCGGCUCCUUGUGUUUCAAAAGGAUUACCCUUGGCUACAUAUAUGGAUAGGACACUUACUGAAAGCUGCCUUUUUUAAUCUCUGCAGUUGCACUUUGAAAUCUCAAUCAUGCAGAGAAGAUUUUGUCACUAAAUAGUGUUCUAAGAGCACUCCCAAUGGUUUGGGGAUAAA